GGUGGCCAUGUUUGUAGCUGCAGCCCUGGUGUGGCUGGGCUGGAACAGGUGGGCCCGGCAGAGGACAGAGUGGGCAAGAGACCCCAGCUUGGCUCCAGAGGGAGCCCCUGGGUGCUGCCCACCUGGCCUCAGCACCUCCAGUGAAGAUGUUCAUGCUGAACGCCAACCUGCCUCCCUAGGAAGUGUCCUGGUCUCAGAGAUACUGGGCCCUGACUCACAGGCUGCCCCAUGCCCAAAGGAGGCUGCUGAGCCCCGGGCCAUGGUCCCCUCUCGGCCCUGGAACCUGGGAGCCACGCCCUCACUGCGGGCCCUUUGGAGAGUGGGCCGGGCCCGGGAGCGUGAGCUGGGGAUGGCUCGCCCCGCCCCGGCCCCAGCCAGCCCGGCUGCCCGCCCUUUCCCACACACCGGCCCGGGGAGGUUGAGAACUGGGCGAGGAAGAGACACGCUGGUUGGCGUGGACGAGGACUCCAGUACCCGCGUUGCAGCUCGCCCUGGCCUAGCGCAGUGCCGAGCCCUCAGCGUGGAGUGGGCGGACCCUGGGAGUCCCCGAAAGCUCUAUCUGACCGUGCAGCAGGCCCUGCAGAACAAGGGGUGCAAGACCAAGAGUCAGGGGACGAAAGAAGACAAUCUCUCGAAGAGGCAGGCGCUGGUCCCCAAGCGGGACAAAGAGGCCCCGGCAGCUGGUGGUGCCAUGAAUGUAGAGAAAACAGGUGGGCGACUCUUUGGCAGCGGGAGGUGCUCAAGCCUGUCGGGGUUGCCAAGGGCAGCCCCUGUGGUGCAUAGGAUGGUGGAGGCCAUGUCCCAGCUUCAGAAGGAGAAAGCUCAGCUUCAGGAGGAGCUGGUGGUCCUACGGGAAAAGUUGGCCCUCCACGACAGUGACCAGCAAGCCACAUCCACCCAGCUGCAGAACCAGGUGGAAAACCUCAAGGAGAAGCUCAUCAGUCAGACCCAGGAAGUGAGCCGACUGCAGUCAGAGCUGGGUGGCACUGACUUGGAGAAGCACCGGGACCUGCUGAUGGUGGAGAAUGAGCGGCUGAAGCAGGAGCUGCGGCGCUGCGAGGCUGAGCUACAGGAGCUGCGGACCCAGCCGCCAGCCGCACCCUGCCUGGGUUGCGAGCACGUCCAGGAGAGCACCCAGCUCCGAGACAAGGUGUCCCAGCUGCAGCUGGAGGUGGCGGAGAACAAAGGAAUGCUGUCAGAACUGAACCUGGAGGUGCAGCAGAAGACUGACCGGCUGGCCGAGGUGGAGCUGCGGCUCAAGGACUGCCUGGCCGAGAAGGCACAGGAGGAAGAGCGGCUCAGCCGGCGCCUGCGCAACAGCCAUGAGACCAUUGCCAGCCUGCGGGCCCAGUCUCCACCAGUCAAGUAUGUCAUCAAGACAGUGGAGGUAGACUCGUCCAAGACCAAGCAAGCCCUCAAUGAGUCCCAGGCCCGGAACCAGCACCUGCAGGAGCAGGUAGCCAUGCAGCGGCAGGUGCUGAAGGAGAUGGAGCAGCAGCUUGAGAGCUCGAAUCAGCUGACCUCGCAGCUCCGGUCGCAGAUCUCCAUGUAUGAGGCAGAGCUGGAGCGGGCCCAUGGGCAGAUGCUGGAGGAGAUGCAGUCCAUGGAGGAGGACAAGAACCGGGCCAUCGAGGAGGCCUUCGCCAGAGCCCAGGUGGAGAUGAAGGCCGUGCAUGAGAACCUGGCAGGGGUCCGGACAAACCUGCUAACAUUGCAACCGGCACUGCGGACCCUCACCAGCGACUACAAUGGGCUCAAGCGGCAAGUGCGCAGCUUCCCCCUGCUGCUACAGGAGGCCCUCCAGAGCGUCAAGGCCGAGAUUGGCCAGGCCAUCGAGGAGGUCAACACCAACAACCAGGAACUGCUGCGCAAGUAUCGCCGGGAGCUCCAGCUGCGCAAGAAGUGUCACAACGAGCUCGUGCGGCUGAAAGGAAACAUCCGAGUGAUUGCUCGAGUUCGGCCCAUCACCAAAGAGGAUGGGGAAGGGCCUGAGGCGGCCAAUGUUGUGACCUUUGAUCCUGAUGACGAUGCUAUUAUUUACCUGCUGCACAAGGGCAAGCCAGUGUCCUUCGAGUUGGACAAGGUCUUCUCUCCAUUGGCCUCACAGCAGGACGUGUUUCAGGAGGUGCAGGCCCUGAUCACCUCCUGCAUUGAUGGCUUCAAUGUCUGCAUCUUCGCCUAUGGCCAGACGGGUGCCGGCAAGACAUACACGAUGGAGGGGACUCUUGAGAACCCAGGCAUCAACCAGCAGGCCCUGCAGCUGCUCUUCUCUGAGGUGCAGGAGAAGGCGUCUGACUGGGAGUACACCAUCACUGUCAGUGUCACCGAGAUCUACAACGAGGUCCUCAGGGACCUGCUGGGGACGGAGCCUCAGGAGAAGCUGGAGAUUCGGUUGUGCCCAGAUGGCAGUGGGCAGCUGUAUGUGCCAGGGCUGACAGAGUUCCGGGUGCAGAGUGUGGACGACAUCAACAAGGUGUUUGAGUUUGGUCACAACAACCGCACCACGGAGUUCACCAACAUGAACGAACACAGCUCCCGCUCACACGCUCUGCUCAUUGUGACAGUGCGGGGCCGGGACUGCAGCACAGGCCUCCGCACCACAGGGAAGCUGAACCUGGUGGACUUGGCUGGCUCAGAGCGUGUGGGCAAGUCGGGGGCUGAGGGCAGCCGCCUGCGGGAGGCACAGCACAUCAACAAGUCACUGUCGGCACUGGGGGAUGUCAUUGCUGCCCUGCGCUCUCGCCAGGGCCAUGUGCCCUUCCGCAACUCCAAGCUCACCUACCUCCUGCAGGACUCGCUGAGUGGUGACAGCAAGACUCUCAUGGUGGUGCAGGUGUCCCCUGUGGAGAAGAACUCCAGUGAGACGCUGUACUCCCUCAGGUUCGCUGAGAGGGUGCGUUCUGUGGAGCUGGGCCCUGGGUCCCGCCGCACAGAGCUUGGUUCUUGGUCGAGCCAGGAGCAUCUGGAGCUGGAGCCAGCUUGCCAGAUACCACAGCCAACAGCACGAGCGCACUCGGCCCCUGGCUCUGGGACCUCAAGCCGUCCUGGCUCCAUCCGGAGGAAGCUGCAGUCCUCAGCCUGACGGCUGGGGCUGCAGUCUCCAGGGAAGUUGAAGCCAGUGCCUGUGUAAGGAAAAGGACAGGCCACCUUAUUGGGCCUGGAGCUGGCCCUGAGGACUUGCCAGCCUGCUCCUGCUGCAGCAUCGGGAUGGAAGUAGAGGCCCUCCUGUUCUGCCGCGACAUGAGAAACUCCUUCAGAGGGAAGCCCUGUGACUCGGCACAAAUGGCACGUGCCAGCAGGGCAGGAAUGCCUGCUCUGCCUGGCAGACUCUGGGCAUGGGAGCCGGCCCUCAUGGGGAGGGCAGGCCUCGCACUGCACUUGCCUGGCUCCUUUCCUGAGCUGAGGGCGGGUAGCCCUCUCCUAGUACAUGCCCUCUGGGGCCUUCAGGAAGGCACAGGAGCACUGUGGAAUAGGUCUGAGCUGCUGGACAGUGAGCGUGCCCUGACCCCGCUGUCCCACACAAGGGCAUCUGAUGUCCAUAAUGUUAUUAGUGUACAUAGAAGCCCGCCACUUGCCAUGGCUGGGCUGUAUUUAUGGCUGACAGAAGAGGCCAGUGGGCAAGGUUCUGUGCUCUCGACUGCCUGGCACCAGGCAUUCUCCUUGCUCACUGGCUUCCUGACAUUUUCCUCCCAACCUCUGAAAUCCUAUUUAAGAAUUUUUGGAAGUUUAAUCCUUUUUAUUAAAAUAAAAACCUUUUUACACAA